CCCCUUUACUUCCACUGACAGCAUGGCGACCAACAAGGACGCACCUCUGGGCUCCAUCGAGAACCCGAUCAAGUUCCAGGACCAGGACUUCGACGCGCUGCUGCAGGAGUGCGUCCAGUCCGGCCUGCUGUUCUCUGAUCCGACCUUCGUGGCUGAACAGAAGUCCAUCGGUUUGCCUGAAGAUCCCAAGAAUGUGAUCGAAUGGAAGCGACCCAAGGAAAUCAGUAAGAACGCUGUGUUUGUGGAGGGAACAACUGGGACCACUGAUAUCUGUCAGGGCCAACUAGGUAACUGUUGGCUGCUCGCCGCCCUGUCCUGUCUCACCAUGCACCCCAAGCUCUUUGUGAAGGUGGUGCCGCCCAACCAGAGCCUGGCCAAACCUUACGCAGGGAUCUUCCAUUUUAGGUUCUGGCAGUAUGGUGAGUGGGUGGAGGUGGUUGUGGAUGACAGGCUGCCAGUACGCGAAGGCCGUCUGCUCUUCAGCUACUCUCACACUCGCAAUGAGUUUUGGAGCGCCCUGGUGGAGAAGGCCUAUGCCAAGUUAGUCGGAUCCUACGGGAGCCUGAAGGGGGGAAACAUCUCAGAGGGGAUGGAGGAUUUCACCGGAGGUAUCGCGUACUCGUUGAGCGUCUCCUCUCGGACCCCUCGAGUCCUGUGGAGGUGUCUGACGGCUGCUCUGUCCAGAGGCAGCCUGCUCAGCUGCUUCAUCGAGGCCAGCAGCUACCGUGAUAUUGGUAAAGUGACGGGAGACGGGCUGAUAAAGGGCCACGCGUACGCCAUCACUGACACCGACAAGGUGAAGAAAGCAUCGGAUGAGAUUUUGCUGCUGAGGCUAAGGAACCCUUGGGGUUUCGUUGAAUAUAAGGGACCUUGGAGUGACAAGGGUAAAGAGUGGGGAGAGGUGGACCAAUCAGAGAAGGAGAGAAUCGAGCUGAAAUCAAAAGAAGAUGGAGAGUUCUGGAUCAGCGCUGACGACUUCAGCAGCCUCUUUGAUAUCGUGGAGCUCUGCAGUGUGAAUCCUGACACUCACGAGGAGGGAAACACACCUACAGCUACCUGGAACAUCAGCGAACACGAGGGAUCCUGGGUGUCGGGCAGCUCUGCCGGUGGUAGCCGCAGAUACAGGAAAUCAUUCUGGACAAAUCCCCAGUUCGAGCUGGUUCUCAAAGAGGUGGACCAGGACAAGGAAGAGGAUGAUGACGAUGAUGAAGAGGAGGAGGAGGACGAUGAGGAGGAGUUGACCCCAGAGGAGAAGAAGAGAGCAGAGAAACAGAAGACGAAAGCCAAACAGUGCACGGUGGUGGUGGAGGUUCUGCAGAAAAACCGCAGGCAGAGGGAUAAAAUCCACUUCCUCUACAUCGGUUUCCACGUCUACAAGGUUCCUUCUGAGCUGGAGGGUGUUUGCCUGGACCGCAGCUUCUUUGUGAAAAAUCGCCCCGUGGGUCGAUCUGGGAAAUACAAGGCUCAGAGAGGUGUGUGGAGGAAGCUGCAUCUGGACCCGGGCAACUACAUCAUCGUGGCCUCCUCCUAUCGACCCAACCAACGCGGAGAGUUCUUUGUCCGCAUUUUCUCCAAGAUUGGAAACACUUUGGGGAGUCCUGACUUCACCUGCUCCUCAGGUUUCCUCCCAGUUAUGGCGGCCCCCAUCUCCCCAGAGGAUCACGUGAGAGCUCAGAAGCUCUUUGAUGAGGAGGCUGGUCCAGAUGACAGGCUGAACCCCAAACAGCUCAUGAAGCUGCUCAACUCAGUUCUCGUCAAAGAUUACCAUCUGCCACUGGAGACGUGCAGACAGCUCAUCUUUGCUGAGGAUACCAAAGGGCACUCCGCUGUCAGUCGUGAACAAGCUGAAACCCUGCUGUCGGCUCUGCGCAAUCUGCAGUCCAUCUUUUUCCAGUUCGAUGAGGAUUCUUCCGGGACCAUGAGCCCCUUUGAACUCAGCAUGGCGCUGCAAGCUGUUGGGAUGCAGUGUGACUACAAGGUAGUUCAGCUGCUGUCUGAGCGGUUUGCCUCUGGAGAGGUUCACAUGCCCUUCCACAGCUUUGUGUCCUGUGUCACCCGGAUGCGCAAGCUUUUUGCUCUGUAUGAAUCAGAGACCAGUCAGGAGGUGAAAGACAGAGGGAUCAAUUCUUGGCUGCUGCAGUUUGUGACGGUGUGAAGACGCUUCGUGAAAAACGUCUCUGCGUGGACCUAAAUGACCCACAGAACAUAAACAACAUAGAUCACCUGUACUCGUUGAAAAUUCUUCUUCCUUGGUGUGUCAUUGUAUUACGCUAAUCUCACACCACUGUUUUACUUCUAGCUAUCAUUUAAUUGCUCUAAAAUACCCACUGUAUUACUCCACCUUGUAGCACAAUCAAUUUCAUAAUCACAGGUAUGAGUGUAGACGUGUCUUUACUGCGUUUGUCUUUUCAAAGCAUUGCUCUGUUACCUAAAAAUCACCCACUUCUUAAGGCAGUUAUGCGCUCAAGUUGCUCUCAAGUGAUGCUGUAAUGAUUGAAAACCGGGUUUGAGAUAAGAACGUGUGUUUCUAAAAAUUAAACUUGUACGAAAUGGCACACAUAACUGCAAUUACACAACUGAAAAAUAAAUCACUGCAACCUCAA